UUGCGCAGUAUGAAUUUCCCUGCUUGAGGCUGCCGGCGGUGCACGGUGCCGAACAUCCAUGGAGGGCAACCAAAAUAUAUUUACUGCUAAGCCUUGGGGAGCGGCGAUUGCGCGUAGCAGUCGCAACUGCUGAUAGCGGACGCCAGACAGCCACUCUAGGGGUCAGGGCUCAUGUUAAAUAGAUCAGCGUUGGUGGUGUUGGAAAGCUAUCUAUAUGAUCCAAGUCAGUCGUCGGCAGCGUGAACCAGAACCUGGGCUCCAAGACACUCCUCCGACGCGGGGGGGGGUUUCUCCGGCAAGCCACAUCAUUUGCGGAGGUGAAGCCAUCCAUGCUCGAGCUCCAUCCCGCGCAAUUCACUUCCACCGCCUGAUCUGCCCGAUCAACGCCACACGCUUCGCGACUCUUUCGUAGCGACAGCCUCCAUGCUCCGCAGAUAGCCAGCAGGAAUCAUGUCCGUGUCGCGCCCCAGCGGGGACGCGGCAUCUAUUCUCUCGCAUUCAACCUCACGAACCGUCUCUGCCCGUGCCCCAGUGUUCACUCUAGAUACUUUUUCGAAUAAAGACUUCAUCGUCAAGGACUUUAUCGAAUCGCUGUCAGAUGCUGCCGUGCCUGCCUCUCGCAGGUCUGGCCCCUCCUCUGGCCAACAAGCCUUUGACCCCAAGCCCCUCAUUCGCACCUUCGAACACGCCCUGGCUCACUUGAAUAACCUGUCGGAAGAGCUAGAGACCAGAGAGAACGAGCUCUCUGGCGCGGUGCGUCGAGCCGAAUCUCAGCACAACCAGAACGUGGAAUCGCUAGGGAGGAAACUUGACCAAGCGAUCGACCGGUUUCAGCGAUUAGACAGCUCACUGAACGGGAAUGUGAACGACGAUGGAGUGCAGGACGCUGGAGGAAACGUUGCGGUUCGCAUCGGAGAGAGGCUGGAGGAACUGGACAGGCAGCGGCAGCGCGCACAAGACGCAAGGUUCUUGAUCCGGUGCUGGCAAGAGGUGAGCGAUAAAGGCGACCUCUCCACAUUGGAGGACAUGCGGAGGUUAGGAGGCGGCGAUGGCAAGGUUCGCUGUGCGCAUAUCGCCCGACAGCUGCUCAAAAUCAGUGCACGACUCGACCCAGAUGGUACCCAACAUGUCAAUGGAAACGGACGUGCUCAGAAUGGAAAUGGUGUCAAGAGGAGGCCCGUUGGUAACCAAGCGAGGUUUCCGACACGAGAGAUUAUUGAAAAGUUCUUAGAGAACUUAGAACAGGACCUGCUACAGCAGUUCGACGAGUUCUAUCGCCGGCCGAACUACGACGGUAUGCGAGAAUGUGCAAUUGCACUGCGCGACUUCAGCGAUGGAGCUAGUGUUAUGGCAACCUACGUUAACCAACAUUCGUUCUUCAUUGACCGGAAUCAAUUAAUCACAGAAGAAAUUACUGGCGACGCUGAGACCUGGGAUCGUCUGCAAGACCCAGAUGCCGAACCACCAGGCGUGGAACCAAGCCUACAAUCGCUCGUGGACGAAGUUCGAAUCGUUGUCCAAGAAGAAUCCGCCAUCAUAAAACGCGCAUUUCCCUAUUAUGAUGAGGUCCUGAUCAGGUUUAUCCAGCGAAUAUUCCAGCAGUCAAUCCAACAACGGUUAGAAAUGGUUCUCGAUAAAGCUAACGAGUUGUCCUCUCUCGCCUUCCUCCGCUCACUCCAAGCAGCAAGAAGCUACAUCGCCGCCCUCGUCGAUGACCUCAAAUCUCACGGCCUGACAGAGCACCCCGAGCCCGUAACUUCUCAAAUCGCCGCGACACUGGACCAACAACUCGAAGACCUCUUUGUCCCCUACUUCGUCGGCUCCUCCUACAUUGAGCGAGAGAAGAAGAAUCUGGAAGAACUCUACUCCUCGCUCCUCCUUAAAUUCACAAUCUACCACUCACGCCGUCGCAAGAUGCCGACCACAUACUUCGCCUCCCUCGCUCAGCGUGGGAAAGAGCUUGCGGCUUCAGCACGAGAUGCUUAUAUGGAUCGUCUGGAUAGCACGGAUCUACCAGCAACGCAAAAAGCUAUGCUUCUUCGAAUCGCUGGUCUAAAGGAAGAUCAGAGCGAGAAGAAGGACAUUGAAGUCACUGACGAGGACGGAAAGCUUUCAUUAUCAAACGCAAAGCGUAUGUUGAAGUGGCUGGCAGAGGGCGUCGGUCGAGGCCUAGAACUCUCUCCCGGCAACGAAACUCCCAAAGAUGUCCAAAAUCUCUUGAAUUUGCUCCUUACACAUAUGGGCGAGAUAUACCUUGAGACAGCCCUGGAUGCAGCAUUUGACCACGCCGCCUCCCAAGAAUCCCUCAAAACACCCCCCGACCUCACACACCUCCCCUCGCUUCACACUAUUACCACAAUCCUCCAUCUCCUCCAACAAACUACUUCCACCAUCCUCCUCCCCCUCUGCACCCCGAACCUCACCAUUCGCCGCGAAAUCGAGAAAUCCACCUCAACAACCCUCUCAACCCUGGAAUCCAAGCUCUCCAACAUCCUCAACUUAACACUAGCCGCGAGUCUGAACUGGGUCACCAAAUGUCUCCAACAACAAAAGAAGACAGAUUUCAGACCAAAGGAUGACACGGACUUGGCGCUGCUGGCGACCGAGACGCCAGCUUGUCAGAACGUAGUUCAAUUUUUGACUCGUGUGGCGAGUCAGAGUACGGCGGCGCUGGGUGGCAGGAAUCUCUCUUUGUUCCUUGCCGAGCUUGCGAGGGGUCUGCGUGCGCUUGUUCUUGAGCAUUUGCGGAAAUUCUCCGUCUCACUGACUGGUGGUCUGGUUGUGAGCAAGGAUAUGACAAAAUAUGUGGAAUUGGUGAGAGGAUGGCCGACGGGCGAAGAAUUGGAACCGGGUGCUAUGGAUGUCUUGGUUGACGUGGCGAAUCUGUUCGUUAUUGGGCCUGAGGCCUUGAGGGAAAGGUUGAGGGGAGCGGGGGCGGAUGUGCAAGAGUUGAAGGCGUUUAUCAUGAAGAGAGAGGAUGUUGGCAGCGUGGGAGUUCAGGCAGCACUGAGCGCGGUGUAAGAUAACACUGGAAUUUUAGACGAUACUUGGAGGAUGCCAAUAUCAGGUGUUUAUCGCCAUGUAUACGUUCGAUAUGAAUGGGUGUGGCUAGUUGUUGAACGGCCCCAACUUGGUUCAUAACAGGAUUGGAUGAGGUUGUGAUGUAUUGAUUCUACACCAUGUCUUCGUGACUGUCAUCGCCGAUAACCCCACUUCACAGGCAUUGAGGAUUCCAACCCCACGGUGUAGCACGCGCAUUGAUGCACCGAACACCUAUGUUCGUUGUAGGUCAUGAAGUACAUUUUCUUCCGCCUCGCCAAAGAACCCAUGCAACCGAGGACCCAGAGCAAUUACUUGAGAGGAAUGAAACGGGAAGAGUGGGUAGCACCGAUACCCGGCCUUCCGUGCUUAACGGGCUUA